UGCUACUGAUCCUCCCAAAUUCCAAGCACCAACCUGUGCUUGUUUGAUAGAUUCUCAGACAAAACUGUAAGAGAAGAGAGAAAUAGGUUUUGACCACAUGCUUUGACAUCUUGAAUUCUUGAUGAGACAAGUUCUUGGCAUGUGCAUAGAGUAGCAGUAGCAUACAUAUAUACACAUCGCAAUUCACAGCAUCCAUCUCAAGAAGACGACAUGGCGAGGAGCAGGGAGGAGAUGGCCGUCUCCGGCGGCGGCGUGGCGGCGGCGGUGGAGAGGGCGGUGACGUGCCUCGGCAGAGGGGUCGACAUGGCGGGCGACCUGAGGCUGAAGCACUGCAAGGACGAAGGAGGCUGUCUUGUCGCCAGGAGCGGCGAGAAGGCGGCGGCCGUCGUCCUGCCGGGCGUCGCCGUCGCCGUCGACGUGCCCGCCGACGUGAAGUGCGGCAAGGGCGACCGUAUCAGGUUCAAGUCCGACGUGCUCGAGUUCAACAAGAUGUCGGAGCUGUUCAACCACCGGAGCUCGCUGCCGGGGAAGAUCCCGUCGGGUCUCUUCAACGCGUGCUUCGACCUGGCCAGCGACUCCUGGGCCGGCGACGCCGACAACACCAAGUGCCUGGCGCUCGACGGCUACUUCAUCUCCCUCCUCGACCUCCGCCUCGACUGCCGGCCGCUCGCCCUCGCCGGCCACGUCGUCGCCGACGUGCCGGCGGCGUGGGACCCAUCAGCCAUAGCGAGUUUCAUCAAGAAGUAUGGGACGCACAUCGUCGUUGGAUUGAGCAUGGGCGGCCAGGAUGUGGUGUAUGUGAAGCAGGACAAGUCGUCGCCGUUGUCACCGUCUGUGAUCAAGGAGCACUUGGACAGGCUUGGUGACCAGCUCUUCACUGGCACUUGCACUCUACCUCCUUCACACUGCAAGUCCAGAGAUCACAAGGUCAAGGUCCCUGAGGCUUUCAAUGUGUUUGAUGCCCAAAUGACACAGCAAAAGCUUGAAGCAAUGACUGCCCCGGUGUCAUGCAAAGAGGGUGUGACGGUGAUCUACUCCAAGAGGGGAGGAGACACGGCGUCGAGCAACCACUCGGAGUGGCUGCCGACGGUGCCGGCAAAGCCGGACGCGAUCAACUUCAAGCUUGUGCCCAUCACGUCCCUUCUCAAGGGGGUGGCUGGCGUCAGCUUCCUUUCUCAUGCCAUCAACCUCUAUCUCAGAUACAAACCUCCAGUAGCAGAGCUGAGGUACUUCCUGGACUUCCAGCACCACAGAUUGUGGGCCCCGGUGCUCAGUGACCUGCCUCUCGGGCUGUGUUCGAACCGACAAGGUGCUAACCAUGCUUUACACUUCAGCCUUGUGGGCUCCAAGCUCCAUGUCAACUCAAGCCAGGUGAUUGUUCCAAAAUUACCAGUCACUGGGAUGAGAUUGCACCUGGAAGGCAAGAAGAUCAACCGGUUAGGCAUCCACCUGCAACACCUGGCAACAACGCCAACGUUCAUCGACGGACAGUCGUCAGGCCGGCCGCCGGAGUGGCGAGGGUCGGAGGCGAUCGCCGACGAGCGGUACUACGAGCCGGUCCAGCGGAGGAUGUUCGCCCACGUCUGCACCGUGCCGGUGAAGUACGAUCCACGGUGGCGCGACGCCGGCGGCGGCCACCGGCCGGCGGCUUACGUCGUGUCCGGCGCGCAGCUGCACGUCAGUGCGCACGACUCCACCAGCGUCCUCCACCUCAGGCUCCUCUACGCCGAGCUGCCGGGGCACAGCGUGGUGCAGUCCAGAUGGGCGCACGGCGGCGCCACGGGGAGGCUGUCCGGGAAAGGGAGCUUCCUGUCCAUGUCGUUCGCCUCGGCGGCGGCUGCGGAGAAAGAACAUCAGCUGCAGCUGCAGCAGGCGGCGACGCGGUUUAACGUCGACUCCGGCGUGUUCGCCGGAGGGCCGCCGGUGCCGGUGGGGACCCCGCGGCUGCUCAAGUUCGUCGAGACGUCGCAGGUGACCAUGGGGCCGCAGGACAGCCCCGGCUACUGGCUGGUCACCGGAGCAAAGCUCGACGUCGACAAGGGCAAGAUCUCUCUGCACGUCAAGUUUUCCCUGAUUGCUCCAGUUUCUUGACAUGGCGCUCACUGUGUAUGAACUGUACAGAAUUUCUUACUUCUUAGAGAUUAUUUAGUUGCAUACCAAUGGCGGAGCCAGGAUUUUUUGUUAAUGGGGGAUGCAAAAUUUAGUGAUGUAAACAAAUCUAACUGAUAAAACUCAUAUGUUAGUGACAAAGUAACAUGUCUUUGAAGGCAAAGAUCUCAAUCCCUCUGGCUCAAUGGCCAAGAGAUCAACCAGCAAUAAUCACUCAGCAAUGCUAAUAUUAUCAGAUU